AUGGCGUCGGCCUGCGCACUCGAAUGGGUGCCCGAUUCGUUGUUCAACACAGCAGUCACAGCAAUUGUGACUUAUUAUAGCAAACAUCGAAAGGAACUCAAGGCCCUGCCGGAAAAUGUGCAGUUCGAUAUUUACUACAAGGGAACUUUACUUGUCUGCGGCAGUGUCACAGCAAUUGUGACUUAUUAUAGCAAACAUCGAAAGGAACUCAAGGCCCUGCCGGAAAAUGUGCAGUUCGAUAUUUACUACAAGUUAUACAACAAGGGUCGACUCUGUCAGCUGGGACAGGAGUUCUCAGAACUGGAUACCUUUGCCAAGGUUCUGAAAGUUAAUGAUAAAAGACAUUUACUGCACCACUGUUUCCAGGCGCUGAUGGAUCAUGGUGUCCACGUGUCCAGUAUCCUGGCUGACACAUUCUAUCGUCAGUACACACCACUGCUAUGUGAGAACACCUUUGAAAGGGAGAGGGCUAUCCAACUUGGCUUCAGUCUAGGUGGGUUUCUGAACGAUGCUGGCUGGAUCAAGGACAGUGAGCGUGUGUUUGUGUCUUGUUUACACCUGUGCAGGAUGGAGGACAACCCAGCAGGCUGGUGCAGAGCCCUGGAGUGCUGUGUCAGGCUGUUCCAUGUCAGGAACGUGAACUGCACCUACGAGGCCGCGGAACUCUCCUGUAGGGAGGCAGAAAAGAUUGUUCAGCAGCUGGCUUCCUGCGGCAUCAGCGUCAACAAGGCCACAUUGUAUGCUGAGCGUUGUGCGCUGUUGUUUGCCAAAAGCCAGUAUGAUGAGGCUUAUAAAUACUGUUGUAUGGCCCUGCAUGAGAUUACGUACUCUAUGUCAGCAAAGGCAAUUGUUGAUGUUCUGCGGCAGUGUUCAAAGGCUUGUGUGGUGAAGAGAGAGUUUGUGAAAGCAGAAGUUCUCAUCAGACAAGCGGUUCACUUUGCCAAGGAAAACUUUGGUGUCCAGCACCCCAAGUACUCAGACGCACUGUUAGAUUAUGGCUUCUACCUGCUGAAUGUGGAUUCUAUCAGUGCAGCUGUUCAUGUCUAUCAGACUGCGCUUGAUAUACGACAAGCAGUGUUUGGGGGUAAUAAUCUGCACAUGGCCAUCGCCCACGAGGACCUUGCUUAUGCUUCCUAUGUCCACGAGUACAGCUCCGGCAAAUUCAAGGAUGCGCGAGACCAUGCUGAGAAGGCUAUUGAAAUUAUUGGUCACAUUUUACCUGAAGAUCACCUGUUACUUUCAUCUUCCAAAAGGGUCAAAGCUCUAAUUCUGGAGGAGAUAGCGAUAGACACCCACGUGAAGGAGACGGGUGAUCAGCUCCUACACGAUGCACAGGAUCUCCAUCUCCAAUCACUAGCCCUGGCCAAAAAGGCUUUCGGAGAAAACAAUGUUCAGACGGCCAAACACUACGGCAAUCUAGGAAGGCUGUAUCAGUCCAUGCAUAGGUACCAGGAAGCUGAAGAAAUGCACCUGAAAGCAAUAGAAAUCAAAGAACGGCUGUUGGGGGCGGAGGAUUAUGAGGUUGCGCUGUCGGUGGGUCACCUGGCAUCUCUCUACAACUACGACAUGGAGAAGUACGAGGAGGCAGAAAAACUCUACCUGAGAUCCAUAUCCAUAGGGAAGAAGUUAUUUGGUGACGGGUACAGUGGCCUGGAGUAUGAUUACCGUGGCCUGAUGAGGUUGUACCAGAACGAGGGUGACUUCGUCAGCAUGGAGAAGUAUCGCCAGGUGUUACAGGAGUGGUCCCAGAUCCGAGAUGUCCACAACUCCAAAGACGAGAAACCAUUGGACUUCGCACCUCUGCUGAAACUCCUCGACAUGAUACAGCAGUAUUUUGGUUAAC